AGGAUGGGGGACUUCUUGCUAACUUGGGUUAAAAAAGUUGCUGAAUACAUCUCAGAUUUGGACGGCAUAGAUCACGCUAUCAUGUUUGUUCCGUCUGAAGUGGUUUUCGCCAAAAUUAACGAGAAUAGUUUUUAUGAGAUUAUCGAGUUAGCGUUGGAAAAAAAGGUAACCAUUUGUUCCCCUAUGCUUCUUGCUGUGGUUAUUAACCAAAUCCUUUGGGCAAACAAAACUUGA